UGUUGGACUUUGCCUUGCCACCCUGGUGUUACCAUGGCUAUACCAGUCUUCAUACUCGCUGGUCUCCUUGUGCAUUGUGUGUUGUUGGUCUCCAUUUUUGACAUCUACUUCAGCUCUCCCCUGGUUCAUGGUAUGACUCCUCAGCGGACUCCACUGCCACCUCCGGCAAAACGUCUUGUACUCUUUGUUGCUGAUGGUCUGCGGGCAGAUUCAUUGUAUGAAUUAAACAGCAACGGUACACCACAAGCACCUUACCUGCGGGGUAUUCUAGAGAAUAAUGGCAGCUGGGGAAUCUCUCACACCCGGGUCCCAACAGAAUCCAGGCCAGGGCAUGUUGCGCUUAUAGCUGGAUUUUAUGAAGAUGUCAGUGCAGUUGCUAAAGGAUGGAAGGAGAAUCCAGUGGAAUUUGACUCUGUCUUCAAUGAAAGUAAAUAUACUUGGAGCUGGGGAAGCCCAGAUAUUUUGCCAAUGUUUGCAAAAGGUGCUACUGGGGAUCAUGUUUAUACAUUUUGUUAUGCAGCGGAAAGUGAAGACUUCGGAGCGCAAGAUGCAGCCAAGCUUGACAUGUGGGUUUUUGAUCAUGUUAAGAGCUUCUUUAAUUCUUCCAGAAGUAAUCAAACAUUGUUCUCUGCACUGAAUGAAGAGAAAGUGGUUCUAUUCCUGCAUUUGCUAGGCAUAGACACAAAUGGACACGCUCAUCGGCCAAACUCGAGGGAAUACAAGGAGAAUAUUAAAAAAGUUGAUGAGGGUAUAAAAGAAAUUGCUUCAGUGAUUGACAGUUUUUAUGGAAAUGAUGGGAAAACUGCAUUUAUUUUAACUUCUGAUCAUGGAAUGACAGAUUGGGGAUCCCAUGGAGCUGGUCAUCCCUCAGAAACUUUAACACCACUGAUUGUUUGGGGUGCUGGCGUGAAUUAUCCACAGAAAGUCACAUCCCAAUUCUUUGAAGACAACUUUUUGCAAGAAUGGAAACUGGAGAACUUGAAGAGGCUGGAUGUCAAUCAGGCUGAUAUAGCACCACUGAUGGCUUCCCUUAUCGGUGUGCCUUUCCCGCUGAAUUCUGUGGGAACUCUGCCUCUGGAGUAUCUGAACAAUAGUGAUCAUUUCAAAGCGGAGAGCAUGUUUACCAAUGCUGUUCAGAUUCUUGAGCAAUUUAAGGUUAAGAUGAGUCAGAAAAAGGAAACCACACUGUCAUUUCUGUUCACACCAUUCAAACCACUUUCUGAUUCUGAACAGAUCAACUUUUUAAAGAAAGCAAGACUAUAUAUUCAGCAGCAGAAGUACGAUCAAGCGGUAUCUCUGUGCAAAACCCUGAUUAACCUUUCUCUGGAAGGCUUGUCGUAUUACCAUACUUAUGAUAGAUUGUUCCUGGGUCUAAGUAUUGCAACGAGUUUUGUGGGCUGGACAACUUACGUGAUUUUGGUGAUUAUCAAGACCCAUACCAAUUUGACCAAGACUGUCCAGACUCAUAAUAAGGAAUCUACUGUUCUUUUCUACGGUUUUGCCUUUGUUGGAAUGAUAAUAGCUUUUUUCCUGUUGAUUCAAACAUGUCCUUGGACUUACUACAUAUACUGUCUCUUGCCAGUACCAGUAUGGUAUGCAGUUGUGAAAGAACUUCCAGUUAUUCAAGGCCUUGCCGCAAAUCUCUUGUCACUUCAUGUUGGUCGGUCUAUAGGAUUCUUCUUGGUUUGUACACUGGGAAUUGAAAUACUCGUCUUCAGCUUUUUCUACCGCUCUACACUUACUGUUGGUCUUCUUGUCUUUGCUGGCUGGCCAGUGGUCACGCAGCUGUGGGUUCAAGCAAAGACAAGAGCAUUGAUCUGGACUCUUCUUUGUGUGUUCCUGGCAAUAUUUCCUUUAAUGCCUGUUGUAGGAAGAGAACCAAACAUUCCUCUGGUAAUAGCAACUGGUUUGCUGACUCUCUUGAUCUCUUGCUUCUCAUUGACAUCUCUUUGUAAAAGUGGAAAUAAGUACAAAAAUAAUGAAGAUCUGAAAGUACAUUUUUAUCAGAUGUUGAGUAUUGCGCUUUCAACAUAUGUUGUGAGCAGUACCCAUGACAGUCUGAAGAGCAAACAGGGGUUGCCUAUAUUGAAUCAGAUUACUAGCUGGAUGACUCUAGUUUCUUCCUCGGUGCUGCCAUUACUGAGCCCCACGUUUCUCUUCCAGCGACUGUUCAGCAUAGUGCUCUCCCUGAUGUCUACCUACCUGCUCCUCAGCACAGGGUAUGAAGCUCUGUUUCCACUGGUGCUGUCUAGUUUGAUGUUUGUGUGGAUAAAUAUGGAGCAAGAAGCACUUCAGCACUAUGGUCUUUCAGGCAAAUCAAAGCUUGCUGUUUUCAACUUUGCCUAUGCCACUGAUAUAACUCGGUUUCGACAGCUCCACCUAGAUGACGUCCGCAGAUCAUACUUCUUUGUUUUCUUCAUAGUGACAGCCUUUUUUGGCACUGGAAACAUAGCUUCUGUUAACAGUUUUGAUCCUGCUUCUGUCUAUUGUUUCUUGACUGUGUUCAGUCCCUUCGUAAUGGGAGGCUUGCUUGUGCUGAAGGUUGUAAUCCCAUUUGUUCUGGUAUCGUGUGCUUUUGAAGCUGUUCAAGUCACAACACAGUUAUCUUCUAAGAGCCUCCUCCUCAUUGUUCUUGUGAUUUCAGACAUUAUGGCUUUGCACUUUUUCUUUUUGGUUAAAGAUCAUGGAAGCUGGCUGGAUAUUGGAACAAGCAUUGCCCCAGCCUGAGAACUAAUUUACGAAGCAGAGCUGCCUACAGGUACUGCAGUACCAGUUGCUGAUAGCCCCAGAGAUGCUGGCUGUUUGUAAUUGUGACAUGUAGACUGAAGUUGUUUUUAAUUGUGCUCCUAUCGCAUUUUAUUUUUUUAUAUUUUGUUUCUUUACUCCGAAUAUCUGAUGUUUUAAUAAAGGAGUGUAACUAUUCAGCCUUUUGCGCUAUACCAAUGCAGGAAUGUGUGCAGCACUCUCUUCUUUACAGUAGUACAGAAGACCCUGUUCCUCGACUGGUAGGUGGCUAAGCAGAGUUUGUAGAGACUUUUUUCCUUUGAGAAAGCCCCUCUCUAUGCCCCCCAAAUCAUUGAUUAGCACCCACAUCUGGAAAAGCUCCUUUUGGCGUAGACAGGAACUGAGAUGCCUAAGGACCAUGUUGAUGGCAGCAAGUUGCUAAUCCUCUGGUGACUGUCUCAGGGUGUUUGUAGGAAUAAAGGCAGGGUCUUGAUCUGGCUUCUGAUUUUCAGAUUUCUCAUUCAAGCUUUCUUUGAAAGCUAGAAGAAAAGUGGUGUUGCUACUUAUAUGAAAAACAAUACAUUUCUGGUGCCUGGUGAGGAGGAAAACUGGGGUGUUGCCGGUAAUGCAUGAGACGUUCAGCCAUCCACCCAUUUACCAGAGUGGCUGUUCCCUAAGAGCCACACAAACUUCUGUACCUGUGGUGUGUGUACAGUCCCCAGGGGCAUGUUAUGCCAUGAAGAUAACUGCAGCAAGGGUUUGACUUUCAGUUGGCAACAUGUUCUUUCCCAUGGGGAACUGAAACUGAACCUGUAACACACCCAGCUGGACCUUCAAGGGCAGAUCUUAAGGGAGUUGUUUUAUCUUUGUUAUUGUAUAUAUGCCAUGAACUAUGGAGUCUGAAGUGCACUGACCAGGUGAAAGUAGGUUUUGUGCCUGACUUCAGGUCCUCGCUGUGUCAUCUUACACCUUCCUGACAGAAACAGGGCAAGAAUAUGGCUCUCAUGGGCAUGCUGCUCUGCUUAGCUAGAGCUGGAGGGGGGAGAUGCUUAUAGGAAAGACACAUAGGAAAGAUGGUUCCUGUCAGAUAUUUUAAACCAUGAGUUGUUCACAUUAGAAUUGAUUUCUUAAAACGAUGUAUUUUGAGCAAGGUAUUGUGAGAAGGUUUAGUCAGACUAAGAAACAGAAAAAUCAUGUAGCUUGAGUCAAGUCCCUUUCAGUGUUCUUCAUCUGUUUUGGUUAGACCUCAGCUCCUUUGGUUGCUGGUAUCCAGCUGUGGAAGAGCUCCUGCUCAUUAGUGAACUUUUUGGAUUACUUUUACUGUCUCACGUUGGUUUGUGGCCCAGGUUUGUUAAGAGCUGGUGCUUCUGCACUUCACAGAGCUAAGCUGUGGUAGGCUAGCACCAGGAUUCUCACAGUCUCAGGGUUGUGAGGAUUGAUAGCGUCAGCAUUAUGAGCUUUACUGUUGUUCCAUGGCUAAACUUUCAAUCUGAAUGAGUCCUCUGGCAGAAAUUCUAGGUCAUUAAACUGGCAGGUGCUCUUUGCAAUUCUUUUUUGUGACUAAAUUCAGACUUCAUAGGUCUGAAAUUACGCUACUUGUCCUAAAGAGCCAUCUGCUUUGAAACAGUGAGUACUGGUGCAUGGGGAGAUACGGGUACCUCUCGUGUCAGAAUGCCAAUAUUUUCAGUAGUCCCAGGAAAAUAACAAACAGCCACACUGGAUACACGAUGGACACGGGUGCAGCAGUGUUUCGUCUGCAACUCUAGCCUGAAAUGUCACUGGAUUUGGAAAAAUUCUGAUUUCUUAAUGGCUAGUGGCUUACAUUAACAGCAGUUUGAUUCAGACAUUUAACACAGGGUGCUGUAUAUCCUAGGUCAAAUCUCAGUCUGACCCUAAACAGCCCAUCUCUAACACUAGUGGACAUGGGGUACCACAAUUUGAGCAAGUGGAGAACAAGCUCUCUGCUUAUUAUCCUUUUAAUCAUUAAUGACUUAAGGACUUCCUAACUCAGAACCUGCAUCUUUAUGUUGUGUUUAUUAGCCACUCUUGAACUCAUUUGUUUAAUCUCUUUGAAACCAUGUGUUACUACAGCAGAGAAAUCCUCAAUUUUUAGAAAUGUCGAGUGAAAAAGUAGAGUUGGGUUUUUUUUCUUAAAGCUGCUCAUCACCUGACUAGUGUUUUCUCUAGAAAAUUGCACUUCAGCUGACAUAUCUGAGUUGUCUUACUACCAACAAAUGUCUACCUGAUGGUGAGUUCUCCCUAGUUUCUGCAUUAUCAGUCCACAGCAGACAGAAGUUUUGCAAUGGUUUCAGUCACAUACAUUGAAUUACCCCCUUGAAUGAAAAAUACACCCAGUACCUCUUACUUCAUGUAUGCCCAGUUGUGCUUUCUGUUGACCCCACCAUUUUAUUUUGCCACAGACUUUGGUUUUGACACGAUAGUGCUGCUAUAAUGGUUGUCUUUCAGGAACAGCAUAUGUAAAAUGGCAAAUAAUUAGGCCUAGUUAAAAAGAAAAAAAAAUAUUCAAGGGGUUGUUUGUCAGAGGGUUUUUUUACUCUGCAAAUUUGCAUUUUUCUCUCACUUCUUUUAUCUCUCUCUUUC